AGAUCCCACUUCGGCUUGUUCGAGUUAGUUGUUUGCAAAAUAAUAAAAUAAAAGCAAAAUAAAUAAAAUUGUUUGUAUUUGAAUAAAGGAAAGAAAAUAUAUUAGCUUCGUAUUGAUCUAGGCAAGAUUCGUGUAAACUCUAAGCAUCUUUUGUAUGCAUAUAUAAAUUUUCGCGAGUAGAAGUGUAGGAAAUUCUUUCUUGCGACUAAAUAAAAAUAAUACAAAAUAAACCACAAAAAUGGAAAUCCAACAACUAGAAAUUUUAUGCAAACAACUAUAUGAGGCCACAGAUUCGGUGUUGCGCUCCAAUGCGGAGAAAACAUUGGUACAAUUCGUUAGCAGCCAAGACGCUUUGCCCAAAUGUCAAAUGCUUUUGGAUAGAGCAGAUUCCAGUUAUGCACAAUUGCUGGCCGCCACAACAUUAACCAAACUAAUACAGGGUCUUACUUUGGAGCAACGUAUUGACAUCAGGAGCUAUGUUCUGAACUAUUUGGCCAAUAGGCCUAACCUACAGCAUUUUGUGGUGCAGGCUCUGGUAACAUUAUUGGCUAAAAUAACCAAGUAUGGUUGGUUUGACACAUUCAAAAAUGAACUGGUAUUUCAAAGUUUGUUGGAAGAUGUGAAAACAUUUUUACAGGGUUCUGUGGAUCAUUGUACUUUUGGUGUGCAAAUUUUAUCACAAUUGGUUUUGGAAAUGAAUUCAAUUGUGGAAGUCGAUGCAAAUAUAUCGUUCUCAAAAAGUCGCAAAAUUGCCACUUCAUUCCGUGACCAACAACUAUACGAUAUAUUUCUACUAUCUUGCAAUCUUUUGGUGACGGCACGUGAUAAUAGCAAAACAAUAAAUUUUAUGGAUGAAUCCCAGCAAGCUUAUGUUAACCUUAUUUCCCAUGUUUUGCGUUUAACAAAGAACUGUUUGAGUUUCGACUUCAUUGGAAGUUCCACAGAUGAAUCAUCGGAUGAUAUGAAUAGUGUUCAAAUACCCACAUCAUGGCGGCCGGCUUUUCUCGAUGCUAAUACAUUGAAAUUGUUUUUCGAUUUAUAUCAAAUAUUGCCAAAUGGAUUGGCUAGCUAUUCCCUAUCUUGUCUUGUACAGAUGACAUCUGUAAGACGAUCUCUAUUCAACAAUUCGGAACGCACCAAAUUUCUAACACAUCUUGUGGAAGGUGUUAAAAAUAUUUUGGUCAAUUUACAUGGUUUACGCGAUCCAGAUAAUUAUCACGAAUUUUGUCGCCUUUUGGCCCGUCUCAAAUCGAACUAUCAACUAGGUGAAUUGAUUGCUGUGCCGUGUUAUCCUGAAGCAUUGGCUCUAAUAGCAAAAUUUACAGUGGAAUCGUUACAGAUGUGGCAAUUCGCCCCGAACAGUGUACAUUAUUUGCUAACGUUAUGGCAAAGAAUGGUCGCAUCGGUUCCAUAUGUUAAAUCACCGGAUCCGCAUCUAUUGGGCACGUAUACGCCAGAGGUAACAAAGGCCUAUGUGGAAUCGCGUUUAAAUGCUGUACCUGCUAUCGUGAAUGAUCAUAUGGAUGAUCCAUUGGAUGAUUUAUGCAUGGUGUUGCAACAAUUAGAACAGCUUUCGGUAAUAGAACGUUGCGAAUAUGACAAAACAUGCUCACUGUUGGUGCGACACUUCGAUCAGAAGGCUAGCGAAUAUGAAAGCCUUUUGCAAACUCCAAAUGCGGAUCCCAUGGCUAUUACUAUUCAUGAACUACAGCUGACUUGGUUGGUGUACAUAAUUGGUUCGGCCAUAGUUGGACGACUAACGGUGAAUUCAAAUGACGACCACGACACAAUGGAUGCCGAAUUGGUUAUAAGAGUUUUCCAGUUGAUGAGAUUGACAGAUGCUCGUUUACCACAAGCCGGUUGUGAGAAAUUAGAAUUGGCCAUUCUCAGUUUUCUGGAACAAGUUCGCAAAAUGCAUAUCAGUGAACAGACGCAAAAGCCCAAUGUAUACAAACGUUUGAAUGAAGUUUUCGGCAUUAGCGAUGAACAAAUGCUAUUGAGUUUUAUCAAUCGUAAAAUCAUAACAAAUUUGAAGUAUUGGGGUCAUUCAGAACAGAUCAUUACAAAAACUUUGAUGUUGUUAUCAGAUCUUUCGGUACAUUUCAACUCUGUCAGGAAGUUGGCCAAACUGGAGGAAGUUCAAUUUAUGCUCACCCAUCACACAAGUGAACACUUUCCAUUUUUGGGCACAAACUCCUCCUUAACCGAAAUGCGUUGCCGCACUAUGUUCUAUACAUCUUUGGGUCGUCUUUUGAUGUUCGACUUGGGCGAAGAUGAAGAACGUUUUUAUAGUUUUUUAAAUCCAUUAACAAAUCAAUUUGAAUCUCUUGGUCCAGUUCUAAUGGAUGCCAAUAGUUUCCCCAAUGAAGAAGCUAAAAAGGCUAUAAUUGGUUUAGCCCGAGACUUGCGAGGACUAGCCCAGCCGCUAACGUCUAGAGUUCCUUAUACAAUGCUCUUUGAAUGGCUAUAUUAUUCGGAUUACUUGCCCAUGCUGAUACGGGCUGUGGAAUUGUGGGCCCACGAUCCCGCCGUUACAACACCUGUUCUCAAAUUGUUUGCAGAACUGGUGCAUUGCCGCACGCAGCGUUUACAGGGCAAUGUCUCAAGUCCAAUGGGCAUAUUAUUGUUUCGAGAGGCUUCAAAGCUCAUCUGCAUAUAUGGGAAUCGUAUAUUGCAUUUAGAUGUACCACGUGAUCAACAAUAUCCCAUGCGAUUAAAAGGCAUAUCUGUAUGCUUUACAAUUUUAAAAAACGCUUUGGGUGGCAAUUAUGUUAAUUUUGGAGUCUUCAAGCUAUAUGGUGAUGACACAUUAGAUAAUGUUCUGAAUAUUGCAGCGAAAAUGAUUAUGUCAAUACAACAAAAUGAUUUGUUGGAAUAUCCAAAAUUGGCCUCUUCAUAUUUCAAUUUGUUAAAUUGUUUAUCUCAAGAUCAUAUAAGUUUUUUGGCAGGCCUAGAACCUGGUGCAUUUGUUUACAUUCUCGAAAGUUUAUCUAAAGGAUUUACAGCUUUAGACUCGACUAUUUAUAUAACCUGUUGUUCCAUUUUGGAUAGCAUCAUAUCCUACAUAUUUAAGCAAUUGCAAUUGAAAAGUAAGUUGAAGCAUUUUAAAGCAAUGACAAUUAACUUAUUUUUGUUUUCCAUUUUAGUGUCUACAUUCCCAAAUAAAAAAUUACGCAGUUUAACACCGGAAAAUGCACGGUUUCUUGAGGUUGUUAAAAUGAAUUCUGAAUUAUUACAAAAUAUGAUGUCGACACUAUUGAAUAAUGUCAUGGCUGAAGAUUGCAAAAACCAAUGGUCAAUGUCCAGGCCCUUGCUAGUACUGAUACUACUAUAUGAGGAUUAUUUCAGAUCUCUUAAAGAGAACAUUUUGCGCGCACAACCAAUAGGUAAACAACAAAUAAUGGCCCAAUGGUUCGAAGACUUGAUGAGUGGCAUUGAAAGAAACGUUUCAAGCAAAAAUAAAGAAAAAUUCAUUCACAACUUAUCAUCUUUCCGACGAGAUGUGGUUAAUUUACCGAAAAUGUCCAACUAUAAUACUGAAAAUUCGUAUCAGAUAUAUUCAGAAAAUAAUUAUUCCGUUUCCGUGUGAUUACUUUAUACAAAGAAGCGUAUAUAACCGACUGCUUUUGAUACGACACGUACGUUAACAUAAAUACAUACACAUAUAUUUUUUGGAUAUUAGAUUUUAAACCCAUUCUCAACAUAAACUGACCCAGCAGCAGCAUGCAUCGAUGUCUGUUUAAAAGAAGGAGGAAAAAAAUGAUUUUGUACUUUAAAUAAAGUUAUUGAUGUACAUAUAUAUUCAUAUUACUCGAAA